ACGCUCUUCGAUGACAUCAGUCCUGGCUAUUGACGGCCUCCGCCAUGUAGCCGCAUUCGGGUUAAUAGCAUGACAUUGGCAUCCUGACCCAAGCACCAUGUCGUUGACCGUUGCUUCCGUUUUCGCCCGCCGCGGUCGGCACAGCGAAGCAGCGAACAUAGCAUCUCUCGGCUCGUUCGCGAGCGCUCCUCAACACCACCAGCAGUCAAGAGGCUAUCGGUUCGGUCGCUUGUCAUCGUAUCUUCAGCCCUACAUUCACCCAGACGUCUACGCCGGUCGUCCUGGUCAGUGUUCCAGAUAUUGCGAGAACCUGUAUCGACGCCGGUCGUGGGUCAAGCACGGCCUCGCCGAGGAUGUAAAAUCGACGCUGAAGCGGGUUGUCAACAACUCCUGGUCUUCUCAUCGCAGAGGAAGCCAAGGCGCAGGGCGAUGUCUCAACACACAUGCUUCUCCCAUGAAGACGCUGGAUAACCCUGACGGCGUCCGACCAGGUCAGAACAUUGAAGACGUUGAGCGGGCGCCACUGGAGCAUUUGCUGUUUGGUGACAAGAAGGAUCCACGCGCACGAGCGAGUCAAAGGCCCUCCUCAACAGUCGGCGAGAGCAAAGCCGCCUCUUUCGACAGAAAAGGUGAUGGCGGCUAUGUCAUCGACCCUAUCACGAACCGCAAAGUUCCGAGGGAGUCGACCGGCUCGUUCUUAACCUCGGACCAAGGGGUGGAGGUGCCGAUCAAAACGUUCAGACACUACAGGCCACAGUUUGAGCCGUUCAGACCGCCCGAAGUUCAGAGUGCCCAGGCCCCCAUUUUCUCCGAUGGACCGCCACCCGAGGCGGAGUUGAGGAUGUACGAUCAGAACAAGCCGUGGGACUCCGGCAACCAGCCGGACCGGACAGCCUUGCAUCCUGAUGAGAAAACAACUGUCAACCACCGCAGUGCACCUCAUCCCAGCCUUCUGGAGGCUCUGAACUGGGAGCAUAGGGAUGUUUUAUGGCACUCCAAUGAUAAUAUCGCAUCGUCAUCUGCCGGAUCCAUCGCACAGCCACAGGCCCACACUCGAGUUGCUCCCGAGUACACCGAUCGGCAUCAAUACACCGUCGUAAGGUGUCGAGAGCUCGAUGGCAAGCCGAAAGACGAGCAGACAACUCAGAGGCAUGGUGACUUGUACAGAUACGGUGCGGUCACAGCCCACGAGCCAGACGGCACGUCCAAGGUCAAGUCGGACUCCGCGACACAUUCUCAAGAGCUGAACGAGUACCGGGAGAUGCGCAGUCAUGAACCUGACGGCAAGUACGCGGCAGAGUAUACCGAGGCUCCCGACCAGGCGGAACUAGCAUCGUACAGCCAACCCUUCUUUGCCCAUGAGCCUGAUGGCAAGUACGCAGCUAAUCACGUCGAGUCCGAAAGGGACGUGGCGGAGCUUGCUAAGUACCGCCAACCCUUCUUUUCAUACGAGCCGGAUGGCAAAUAUGCCGCCUUCUACCUGGAGCAGCAGCGAGACGAGGUGGAGCUGUCUUGGUACAAACCGUUUCGCAGCCACGAGCCCGAUGGCAAGUAUGCCACCAACGACGUUGACAAGAACCCUGACACAGACGAGCUGGCCAUAUAUGGCGCAUUCCGCAGCCAUGAACCAGAUAGCAAGUACUCUCGAACAGACGGGGCCGCGUGUGAGCCGAGUGCGGUACAUGAGUACCAGGCAUCUCGGAGCGAUAAGCCCGACGGAAGAUAUACCCGCGAAGCCGAGCCUACCAUAGAUGCUGCGAAGGAAGACGAGGACCUUGCUAACCACGAGGCCUUCAGCUAUGAGGAUGCUGAAACUCGGCCGUCGCAGCAAGAGAGUGGGCCAAGCAAGGACGCCGCUGACUUCCAGGGGCACCGGACGCUUCAGCACUACGAGCCUGAUGGACCGGUCGAGUCUCAGGAAUAUGAGGAUUACGAUCCGGCAGAGCUGUGCAAGUACCAGGCGGUGAGGUGGAACGAGCCGGAUGGGAAACUUGUCGAGGCGAAGACGGCCGACCAGGAGCCCGCGUUUUAUGUGGAGGAUGAGACGCAGGAGAAACCCCCGUUUCGCAACCAUGUGGAGGAGCUGAUGGCGCAAGCUUCCGCUGAGGCCGACACCCUAGCCAGCGAGACUCUCUCAAGCUCCCACCAGCCGGACGGCGGCAAUGGUGGCCAAGAUUACAGGUCGAAAGGUUUGAUGGGGAACUUUGUCCGAGACUUCCCUGAAGAGUUCUCCAAGUCAUGGACUACCGAAACGGCUCAGGGUGACCCCUCGCUGCUGUCACCAGAGCAGCAGGUCUCCGACAUGGCGAUACAGCCGGCCUUGGAUCGCUACAGCACACCCAAGGCAACAACCACACCAACAGAAGACCUCCCCCCCGUCAAACCCACCGAGCCCGCCCUCUACAAGGUACUAGUCUACGACCCAACAAUGCAGCGUAUCGAAACCGCCGAAACAAUCUCCAUCGUCCCCGACAGCGCGGCCCCGCUCACCCCCGCCGCGGUCCUCCUCCGCAUCUCCAACCCGGCCCGGUUCUUCCCCCACUUUGCGCCGCUCCAGGCUCAAGGCUUCGAAAUUGUCUCGGGUAGCGGUGACGUGCUCAUCUUCCGCAAGGUGCGGGACCCGCUGCCCGAGGCGAAGGAGCAGCAAUCUUCCUCGGCAGCAGCAGCUGUUCGUGGUGGUCCUUCUUCUUCUUGUUUUUCUUCUUCUUCUUCUUCUUCUUCUGGUGUUAACCCUAUCGACAUGACGGGCGGGCAGAGGGAUUAUACCGUUGCCGCGGGCCGGUUUGCCAGUCCUACGGGGUUUGUUAACUAUGAUCUACCGCCGGAUCCGACGAGCGCUAGACCGAGUCCUGUGUGGGAUUAUAGUGAAGCGUCGGCUCGUGAGGAAGGGGGUGUUGGUGAGGACAAGGGGAAGGUGGGCAAGAAGAAGGGACGGAGCCUGCCCAAACGGGUUGCGGUUGGGGCGGUGUGGUUGGCGGGGUUGUCGUACUCGCUUGGUGUGGUGACCGAGUCCUUCAAGAGUGGUGGGGUGGAUGGGAAGGGACCGAAAGGGUUCUGAGGGAGAAUGGGGGAGAUAGUAAGGUUGGACACAGUGGUUCUUGUUUCUUUUUUUUGCUUCGGUUUGGGGUCCCUCAACUGGUUUACACAGACAACGUUGUGGAAACAUUGAGCUGGUGA